UUUGACAUUGACGUUUCCUAGAUUGUUUAAUUUGUUGAGGACCUGAGGUUACAUUAUUUUGAGAAAUAAAUAGGAAUUAAAUAAUGGCUGCGCGACAAGCAAUACAAGUUGGAAAUAAAACAGUUAAACCAGUGCUUUCUACUUCCCAUGGCGAAGCCAGAAAAAGGGUUUUGAAUCUAUACAAAGCUUGGUAUCGUCAAAUUCCUUACCUAGUUAAGGACUUUGACAUCCCUAAAAGUGAGGAGCAAUGCCGAGAAAAGUUGAAGGAAAUGUUUUUGAAAAACAAAAAUGUAACGGACAUUCGAGUUAUUGAUCUGCUUGUGAUAAAGGGUCAAAUGGAGCUGAAGGAAUCUGUGAAUAUGUGGAAACAGAAGGGCCACAUCAUGUCAUACUGGAAGCCAACUGAAGAACCCAAACCUGAGAAUUUCCUUUCCAAAUUCUUUAAUGGCAAUGAAUAGAAAAGUGAGCAAAGUGUAAAUAGAACAAUAUUUAUUAUAAGCCAAUCAGUUAUGUUAAUAAAAUAGAUUUCAAUGA